AUGUCUGAGCGCAAAGAAAUCAAGUCGACGCUGGUGUCAAGAGGUCCGCUGGACCCAAAGGAAGCCCGAUGGGCUAGACUUGUCAAGACUACAUAUCGGGAUCCUCUAGGCGUGGAACGCACAUGGGAGUCUGCAGAGCGACAGGUAAUUACGUUCCCUUACCUUGGUUAUGGCUCGAUGGUGGCGGGGAUUGUGGCUGCUUCUACUCCCGACUACCAAAAUGCCACGACUCGACCGGCGAACUGCGCCAUUGACGGCGUCGGAAUCGUGACCAUUCUCAACAAGGCGUCGGGCCCUGAGCUGCUCCUACAAAAGCAGUACCGACCGCCCAUCGAUAAAGUUGUCAUCGAGGUCCCAGCCGGUUUGAUUGAUGCGGGUGAGACGGUUGAGGACUGCGCCGUGCGUGAACUAAAAGAGGAAACGGGCUACGUGGGAGUCGCGGAGGAGACAAGCAGUGUGAUGUACAACGGUAGGCUGGUUCUCUAUUCAAGUAAGCUGCAUAUUCGGCGGGCUUCGUCAAUCUACGAGUUGCCCCCGCUGGUGGGAUUGAGUCACUAA